GUCUAACAAGUCUACUCUAAACUUCAAAAAGAGGAAAGAACAACUACACUUCUUAUUUUUCCUUUUGUGAAGGGCGAACUUUGUGACGCCUCACAAGCACGGAGAAGCCUUGGAAAGCAGCGUCGUCCACGAAGCGCCGGCAACUUAUCUCGCUGUCCACCGUUCUCUGUCUUUCAUAUUGUUCAGGUUUUAGAAAGAGGUUGUUGUUAGUUUGCACUUUCUGUUUACUGCUUUCCGGUGCAAUAAACGCGUUGAAUAAUUGUGACCCAUUGGUAACAAGGAGUCUCCAUGUCGAGUAAAAAGGAAGAGAAAGCGCAAGCUGCAGCUGAUAGAAUCAAAGCUGCAGCCUUGUCUGCUGCGAAGGGUCUCAGCCGAGCCCAAGCUGAGAAAGCAGCAACUGCUGCUGCCAGAAAUGUAAAUGCUUAUGGACAGAAGGAAGAGGGGCCUAGCAGAUGGCAGGAGAGGAAAGAAGCUAAGAGACAGAUGUACUUGAUGAGUACUGAGAAGGCUGUGAGAUUGGGUGAGAGGAAGGAUCUCAAGGCUAAUAUGUCCUCCACCGGAGGGGUAGCUUCUCAAUGUCAGAAGUGUUUUCAAGUUGGGCAUUGGACUUACGAGUGCAAGAAUGAGAGGGUUUACAUCUCUCGUCCCUCCAGGAGCCAGCUUCUUAAGAACCCUAAAUUAAGGCAGAAAUUAAUGGCUUCAUAUAAUGAAGAUAAUCCUGACAUUAAAAAGGAGGAAGUAGAGGAGAAGGAGAAGAGUGACAGGCGAAGGAAGAAGAGUAAGAGGAAAUAUAGGUCAGACACAGAGUCGAGUAGUGAUAGCGGAGCAUCAGAGUCCGACUCUGAUAGCAGAUCUUCUUCAGGUACUGGUUCGGACUACUCAUCAGAGAGUGCUUCUAGCUACAGCUCAUCAUCAGAUUCUGAAGAUGAGAGGAGGAGGCGGAGGAACAAGAAACAGAAAGGACGGCAAAAGAAAUACAGCUCGUCAUCUGCAUCUUCAGGUUCUGACUCAAGCUCAGAAUCUGAUUCAGCUAUGAACCGAAGGAAUAAGAAGAAGCACAGCCGCAGACGCUAGACAGCUUUAGAAGAUAUGAAAGCGAUUGACCUUCGAAGGGGUAUUAGGGUGCCUACGGGCGUUCUUUUUCUCCUUCAAGAUCACGCUUCUACUUUUUCUGGAGAAUAAACCUAAUUACUAGGAUUGUACCUCCUUAGUUUCCUGGUGAGGAGUAGAAAACACAUGCUGAUGGUACAUCUGUUCAAUCUUUUCCUUUUUUAAGCUAUUUAUUUAGCUAUGUUGAAUGUAUUGUUUUGAAAUAUUGGUGUUUGUUGAAUUUUGAAAGUCACUAUUUUCUGUGUA